AUGGUCUCCAUAACUACCUUGUUGCAACUGAUCCUGGAGGUGUUGCAGAUGAUGAUCAGCAGCACAGCAGCUUUAAAUUUGGAUUUGUCCCUUAUUCCCAGCGGAACAGUUAUUAAACAGAUUGGAGAGGCACUACCUGUAUCCUGUACAGUUUCUUCUAGUAGAAAUGCCACUUUGUUUUGGCUAAAGGACAAUACCAGAAUGCGGUCAAGUCCAUCUUUUUCAAAUUUACAGUAUAAGGAUGCAGGAAAUUAUAUCUGCGAAACUACCUUACAGGAAGUUGAAGGGUUGAAGAAGAGGCAAACGCUUACACUGGUAGUAGAAGGAAGACCUCAGAUCAAAAUGUCAAAGAAAACCAGCUCAGAUGGAACAUUUAAAACAAUAUCGUGUCAUGUGGAAGGUUAUCCCAAGCCAGCCGUACAAUGGACAGCCACUGGCAUUGGAACCCUUAAUAAUAAAACAGAGGAGACUAAAUAUGUCAAUGGCAAGUUUUCCAGUAAAAUCAUAAUUGCUCCUGAGGAAAAUGUUACUUUAACAUGUACUGCAGAAAAUCAGCUAGAAAGAACCAUAACAUCUUUGAAUGUAUCUGCUAUAAAUAUUCCAGAAUCUGAUGAACCAGAUGAAAGAAAUAAUGAUAAUAGGGAAAAUGUUAAUGACCAGGCAAAACUAAUAGUGGGAGUCGUGGUUGGUCUUCUUCUAACAGCUCUGGUUGCUGGUGUUGCUUACUGGCUAUACAUGAAGAAAUCAAAGACUGCAUCAAAACAUGUAGAUAAAGAUCUUGGAAAUCUAGAGGAAAAUAAAAAGUUAGAAGAAAACAAUCACAAGUCAGAAGCUUGAGAUACAGAAUGAGUCAGUCAUCAGUCCAGGAAUAAACAUAGACCGACUGAAGCAUGAACAUGGAUUGUAUUUAAGAUAUAUACAAAGAUGUGACAGC